GUUAUGGUGGCAACCAGUGCGCUCGGACUCGGCAUGGAUCUGAAGAGUGUGGUUCUUGUGGUGUACUGGAACCCGAGGACGCUCAUGGACCUGGUGCAGAUGUUUGGGCGGGCAGGACGGGAUGGUAGCCCGGCAACGGGGGCGAUGGUGUCGUCGAGG